AUGAUGUUGGUAAAUGAGGAUCAGCAGCACCUGUCCACCACAAGCUCACCUGUUGAGAGACAAAAGAAGACUGCUACUAAAAGAAGGCAUGAUGAUAAUACUGGGAGUGAAAGUGACGUGGAUAAGGAAGAGCAACAACAGACCCCCAAAAGGCCCUGUGUUGACUGGAGUGAUGAUGAAGUGGAUGGAAAGGACCAGCCCGUGGACAUUGCACCCCGUCUUGAGAGGCGAAAAAAGACCUCAACUAAACAAAAACCUGAAGAAGAUUCAGAUGAAGAGGAACAAAGUGUCACUGCUGCACCGUAUGCAACGGGUGGAAAGAAGACUAUAAUGAAAAGUGGAAAAACAGAUAGAAAAAUCCAAGUUAAGAGACCCUGGACCAAAGAAGAGAAGGAUGCAGUCCAGCAAAGGAUGACAAAGUUCAUCGCACUGAAGAAGGUGCCAGCAAAGCAUGACUGCCUGCUGUGCAUUAGUAAAGUAUCGCCGGUCCUGAGCACUCGGACGUGGAAGGACGUGAAAUAUUUUGUGUAUAAUGAGAUCAUCAAAACUAAGAGAAAGCUUGAAUUUUAAAGAGGUGGAAUUACUAAGUUGGC